AUGUCAAUGCAAAACGACCCUCAAGAUGACUUGUUAGAGCAAGAGCCGGGAAGUCUGGGUAUUAGUUCGAAUGAGGGUGACUUGCGAAGACUGGUGACUUUUAAGAUGGCCACCUUGGUUGUACGACGGAUUUUAAACAGAUCUCUUUCCUUCGGUCCUCCUACAGGCCGUAUUACAGCUAAGUUACGCUUCCUCAGUGACCAAGCAGCCACAUGGACAACAGAAAAAUUCGAUGAAGUCGUAAAGAAGGACAAAGUGGUGGUUUUUAUGAAAGGAGUUCCUGAGCAACCAAUGUGUGGUUUUAGUAAUGCUGUUGUUCAGAUUCUUCGGAUGCAUGGUGUCGAAGGUUAUGGAGCUUAUAACGUACUAGAAGACGAGGAACUGAGGCAGGGAGUGAAAGAAUAUUCGAGCUGGCCGACAGUUCCUCAAGUCUACAUUGGAGGAGAAUUUAUCGGUGGAUGCGAUAUUGUGUUACAGUUGCAUCAACAAGGUGAAUUGAUCGAGGAACUGCAGAAAGUUGGAAUAAGAUCUUUGUUACUGGACAAAGCCGAAGAGGAUAAAAAGGACACUUAAGCUUGAGAAACUUGUACAGUACGAUUCGGCGCUGGCCUAACAUUGCUUCGAACAAUCUUGAACAUCCACCAUAACCAUGGAUGACGUAAUAGUUCUCAGACAGUUGAACUAAGUUCAGGGCGACUUGCACAAAACUGAUUUUGAUAACAGGAAAAAAAAGAAAUAAAUUAUAUCCAGGUUCGAUGUCAUCUUUGUUUGCUUUGGUCCUGAACACUUAAUGUCAAAACUGAACUUAGCUGUAUGAAUUAAGGUGGUAAGCUUACUGAAGAAACUAUGAUGCUGUUCUAGUGGACAAUAUUAUGAGUGAAAAUACUUUGGUUUUAUUGAGUGAGUUGAUAAUAUUAAUUGGCCACUUAAAAAUUUAUUUCUGUAAGAUAAUACAGCAGUGUGCUUAAUUGGAGCCAAUAUUACAGAAACAUCUCAUAUCACUGGUACAAUUGUAACAGGCCACAGCCUCUUAUGAGCUUUGUACACAAGUCUUAGUUGCACCCUUAAUGCAUCAUGCUACAUGCCAUUUGUACAGUCUGUUAAACACUGAGCUAGUAAAGAUAUCUUGCUGAAGA